AUGGCGACAAACUUCACGUCCAUGGCCGGCGACCUCCCGCCGCUGCCGGCCUACACCCUCAAGCCCUACGCCGACAUCAUUCCCGGUCUGCCCGACGUCUACCUGCGCAUCUUUCUGCCCGUCGUCGUGUACUGGGUGCUGUCCAUGUUCUUCCACCUGAUCGACGUCUACGACAUAUGGCCGCAGUACCGCCUGCACACCCCCGAGGAGAUUACCAAGCGCAACCACGUCUCCCGCUACGAGGUCGCCCGCGACGUCGUCCUCCAGCAGCUCAUCCAGAUCUGCAUGUCCAUCUUCCUCGAGUACAUCGACGACGAACAGCUCACCGGCAGCGAGGACUAUGACGUCGCCGUCUGGGCCACCCGCGUCCGCAUCGCCCAGCGCGCCCUGCCCACCUUCCUCGGCCUGCUCGGCCUCAACGCCGCCUCCAUUUCCAAGAACAUGUCGGCCUCGCACCCCUUCAUUGCCGGCGCCCUCGCAGGGGGCCACUACCCCUUCCUCACCGCCGAGCUCGAUGGGUCGCACGCCGUCGUCCCGGCCUUCGCCUCUUGGGAACUGCUCGUCGCAAAGGCCAUCUACUGGCUCGCCAUCCCGGGGCUCCAGCUCUUCGCCGCCAUCUCGAUCCUCGACACAUGGCAGUACUUCCUCCACCGCCUCAUGCACGUCAACAAGUGGAUGUACACAACCUUCCACUCGAGACACCACCGCCUAUACGUGCCCUACGCCUACGGCGCCCUCUACAACCACCCGUUCGAGGGCUUCCUCCUCGACACCCUCGGCGCCGGCAUGGGCUUCCUCCUGACCGGCAUGAGCGCGAGGCAGGGACUGCUGUUCUUCUGCCUCUCGACCAUCAAGACCGUCGACGACCACUGCGGCUACUCGCUGCCAUGGGACCCCCUUCAGCACAUCACGAGCAACAACGCCGCCUACCACGACAUCCACCACCAGACAUGGGGCAUCAAGACCAACUUCUCCCAGCCCUUCUUCACCUUCUGGGACCGCGCCCUCGACACGCGAUACAGGGGCGACAGGCAGAACCGCAUCCUGGCCGCCAAGGGUAAGGGGGCAGCGGUGGAGGCCAAGUCCGAAUGA